AUGAAGACAGUUGGGCCUCUAUUUGCGGCGAUCUCCGGCGCCGUGGCGGUGACGAUUGCCGAGAUCAACGGUGACCGCUUCAUCUCGCCCUACAAUGGCAAGGCCGUGACGGGUCUCGAAGGUCUGGUGACUGCUGUUACUAGCUCUGGCAUCUACCUCCGAUCCACCAACCCGGACGAUGACGUGACGACAUCGGAGAGCCUUUACGUCUUUGGUAGCAACACGGCGAAACAAGUAGCUGUGGGGGAUAUCAUCACGCUGGAUGGCAAGGUGACCGAGUAUAGGUCUGCCGUGGACUAUCUCUUCCUUACCGAGCUGUCUUCCCCCACCGGCGUGACCAUCCUCUCCUCCGGGAACGAGGUCCAACCCUUGGUCAUCGGCAAGGACACGCUGUCCCCGCCCACGAGCUCCUUCUCGAGCCUCGACGAAGGUGGCGUGUAUGGCGUGCCCAACAAUGCUUCUUUGAUCUCCGUCGCGAACCCGAAGCUCCAGCCCGAGGAGUACGGGCUCGAUUUCUGGGAGAGCCUCAUGGGCGAACUCGUCACCGUGAAAGGUGCCUAUGGCGUCAGCCGGCCUAACCAGUACGGCGAUGUCUGGAUCCGCGGAGACUGGAAGGUCACUGGUGAAAAUAAGCAAGGUGGUGUGACCAUGUCUGAUGAAGAUGCCAACCCCGAAACCAUCAUGGGAGACUACUAUGGCGACAUCACAGGCGUCGUCUACUACGCCUUUGGCUUCUACCGCAUCCUCCCACUCACCCACAUCACCCCUCUCCGCAACUCGUCCGCCGAGCACGACCCCGUCGGCUUCUCCAGCACCGGCACCUGCAAGGGCCUCACCAUCGCCGACUACAACGCCGAGAACCUCGCCCCGACCAGCACCCACCUCCCCCAAGUCGUCGACCAAAUCGUCAACAAGCUGCGCACGCCCGACCUCAUCUUCCUCCAAGAAGUGCAGGACAACUCGGGCCCCACCAACGACGGCGUCGUGAGCGCAAACGUGACCCUCUCCAUCCUGACCCAGAGCAUCUUCGAGACCAGCGGCGUUCGGUACGACUUUGCCGAGGUCGCGCCCGAGGACGGCAUGGACGGCGGCCAGCCCGGAGGCAACAUUCGCUGCGCCUACAUCUACCGCCCGGACAUUGUGGAGCUCUACAAGCCCAACCAGGGCGGCAGCCUCGACGCCAACGAAGUGUUGGACGGGCCGGCUCUCAAGUACAACCCGGGCCGCAUCGACCCGACCAACGCUGCGUGGGAUGCCAGCCGCAAGCCUCUCGUGGCGGCGUGGCGCGCCGUCAAGGGGGCCAAGAAGCCCUUCUUUACCGUCAACGUGCAUUUCACGAGCAAGGGCGUCGAUCAGCGAGCCACCCAGGCCGAUGUGACUGCUAGCUUCAUCGCCCAGAUCCUCGAAAAGGACCCCAAGGCCUACGUGAUUGCGGCCGGGGACUUCAACGAGUUUGUUCAGGUGCAGCCCCUGCGCAUCUUUACCGAAAAGUCGGGUCUCACCGACCUCGACGAGGUUGCGCACAUCGCCACCAACGAGCGCUACACGUACCUCUUCGACAUGAACAGUCAGGCGCUCGAUCACACCUUUGUGAGCCCGGCCGCGGGGUGCGGCGUCCAGUACCAGCACAUGCACCUCAACACCUGGCAAAACUACGACGACCAGGUCAGCGACCACGAUCCGAGCGUCGCCAAGUUCCACCUCUGCUAA